AUGACUUUAAAAUUUAUAAUACAUGAUCCUAAAGCAAAAUUAUUGUUUUCUCCAAAUGAAUUUUAUAAUACUUUAAAUUAUAUGUUCAAAAAUUCCAAAAAUAGAAUUGUGAUAAGUUGUCUAUAUCUUGGAAUUGGAGAAUUAGAAAAAGAAUUAGUAGAAAGUAUAAAAAAAAACAUAAAUAUAAGAAAUGCAAAAGUAGACAUUUUAUUAGACAAACAAAGAGGUACGAGACCAGAAGGAAAAUUAAAAGAAAGUUCGAUAAGUGUAUUAUCAGAAUUAUUUAAUUAUUGUAAUAAUAUAAAUAUAAAUUUAUUUCAUAACCCAUUAUUAGGUGCAAUUUUAUAUAACAUUUUACCUUGCAGAGUUAAUGAGAUUAUAGGCGUGAUGCAUAUGAAAGUCUUUAUUGGUGAUGAUACUUUGCUUUUAUCAGGUGCAAAUUUAAGUGAUAGUUAUUUACGAAAUAGACAAGAUAGAUACUUUUUAAUUGAAAAUAAACUAUUGGCUGAUUCUGUUCAUAAAAUUGUUAAUACUAUUCAGAAAAUGUCUUUUACUUUAGAUGUUGAUUUAACUAUAAAAUGGAAUAAUGAUUUAAUGAAUCCACUCAUAGAAUCUCAUUUAUUUCGUGAACAAUAUUAUAGAAGAAUACAAUAUGUGUUAAAUGAAAUUCAAAAUGAUAUUUCAAACUAUAAUAAAGAACAUUUAAAUGAUAAUUAUAACAAUACUAUUAUUAAUACGAAAAACUCAACAAAUGUUAAAAAGCGAAAUACACAUUAUUGUAAUGAAAUAGUUAAUAAUGGUGAUAAAAAUAUUAAUGAUAGUCAAAAGCUUGAUAAUGAAAUAUGUGAAAUAAAAUAUGGGGGAAUUCAUGGUUUUAUAAGUAAAUUAAAACAAAAUAUAUUCUGUAAAGAAAAAAACAAAAAAAAAAUGAAAAAUGACUUUGAAAAAAAAAAUGAUUUACACAAAUAUUCAAAUGAAAAAUUCGAUUUUUUUUAUCCAUUAUUUGAAAAAAAUAAAAGUAUUUUAAUAGUUGAAUUAGCUAUGCAAUGUGGAUUUUCUAUACCCCCUAUAUAUGACGAAAGUGAAAUGUUGGAAAAUUUAUUAAAAAAUAUCAAAAAUUACAAUCAAAGUUUAGUUAUUUCUUCAGGAUAUUUAAAUUUCCCACAAAAUUUUUUAAAGUUAUUUAGAAAUAUAUUUGAUAACUUGAUUUCUAAAAAUGGAAAAAUACAGCUAGUCACUGCUUCUCCUUCAGCCAAUAGCUUUUAUAAAUCAAAAGGUAUAACCUAUUAUGUUCCUAGCGCUUAUUCAGCUGUUGCUCAUUUAUGUAUUGAAUUCAUUACGAAAAAUGUAUCAAGUAUUUUCAAAAACUCAAAUAAAAAAAUUGAUUUACAAAAAAAAAAGAAUUAUGAUAGUAAUAUAUAUUUAGAAUAUCAUAAACCAUCAUGGACAUUUCACUCAAAAGGAAUUUGGAUAAUUAAUAAUGUGGAUAAAAAAAAUGAUACAACUGAUGAGGAUCCAGGAGAAAACAAUAUAGAUUAUAAUAGGAAUUUCAAAAAUAACAUAAACACAUUGGAAAACUGUGAUGUAGAUAAAAAAUAUGUGGAAAAUAAGGAAAAUGAUGAAUUAAAUGAUAUUAAUGAUCAUAAUUAUUUAAGUAAAUGUUUCAAUGAUUUACCUUGGAGCAUAGUAAUAGGUAGCUCUAAUUACGGAUAUAGAGCAACUUAUCGAGAUUUAGAAAUGAGUUUUGUAAUUAAAACAAAUGAUUAUAAUUUAAAACGCCAAUUUCAAGAAGAAUUAAAUAUUAUUUAUGAAUCAUCCAAAUUUGUUCAAAUGAAUGAAUUAAAAUUAAGAUGCCCUAAAUGGUUAAAAUUGAUAGUUAAAUAUAUUGUGAAAUGGUUUUUAUAA